AUGCUGGACUGGAUCAAGGGGAAUGAGCAAACUGCGCAGGCUACAGAUGACUCCAAGCUGCUAGAACCCCCUGAGACUCCAGGCCAUGUCUUUGCGAUUCGUGCUUUCAAGAGCGCUCUGUUUGGUACUCCGGGAGCAGAGGAAGAUGAAAACAACGCGUCCCAAAAUCAAUCCGUUCACCAACGAAGCAAGAGUGACACGAUAAACCUAGCGCCAACAGAGAUCAAGACCGACGCGAAACCAGCCGACGCGACUUACAACCCGACGGGAUCCCCCCACAAAAAGCAUACUUGUCACACCCGGAACUGCGUUGCGUCUAAGCCAGCCAAGACUCCACCAAAUCCUUCCGGGACCCUCAGUACCCAGUGGAUGUCCGGAUCAUCAGAUGGAAGUGGCAAGCCGAGGAGCAAACUCACCCAGACACUCAUGAAUGCACGCGAUAAUGCAUCCAAGAACUCCGAACCGGCCAGCUCUGAUGAGAGCACAGGAGAAGCGAAAUCAGCCAUAAUCUCCGGGUCGAAGGAUACUCUCGACAAUGAAGAUGUUACUACCAAUCUGGAGGACCCCCACUCAGAGUCAGGCAGGUACUGGAAAACCGAAUUCGACAAUUACCGUGUGAGGACCAAUCGAGAGAUCAAGAAGUUGAUCCAGUACCGGUCGAUUGCCAAAUCCUACGCUCGCAAGAAGGAUACAGAAGCUAUGCGGCUGGCCGACAAGCUGAAGGAAGAAGAAGAAAAGGUCGCCGAGAUGGAAAGGCAGGUGUCACGGCUUGCUUCUUCCAUGGUCGGGGAGGGGUCGACAGGCGAUAAGGAGCACUUGGUUCAGGGGUUGACUAAACAAACCGCUCUUGCAUUACAAUACAAACAGCAGGUUACCUCGCUGCGCAACGCCUUGGAACGACACGAUGUCGUAAGCGAUGCGGCAAAUAUCACACAAAAGAAGAAGGAAGAGCUGCCUUCAAACACCCCAACGGACGAGCUUCGCAGAACACAGCAAGAAUUGGAACAAGCUAAUGCCAAGAUUGAGGAGAUGAAAAACCAACAGUCCGAACUGAAUACCCUCCAGGAUCUCGUGCAGAGCUCAGAAAAGAAAGCCCAAGCACUUGAGAAAGAGAACAACACUCUGAAACAAACGCUGGCCCGAGUGAAGCAGGAAAUGUCCCGAUAUGAAGGUCGGCGAAAGGACAAAGAAACAAGACUGAAGCAGAGAGAGGCGAGACUGGAGCAGCGGAUCCAAGAAUACAGAGAAAAACUCAAAACGGUCACGCAAGAGCACCGUGCCUCAGAGGAGAAUUUGAGAAAUAGUUCUGAUGCAGAGCGCCGCCACAUGCAGAAACAGAUAGACCUUCUAAAGCUGCGACUUGGCUCUACUGAACGCUUUCCGGCACUACCUUCCACAGAACGGCAAUUUCUCAGUCCUCGCAAAGACCACACAGGCGUGCAGGUGUUUGACUUUGCUAGUCAGGAUCCUGAGAAACCUGAAGAAGAACCCACCGAAGACAUCGAGCUUCCCCCAAGCCCGAGUCCACGCUCGAAAGUACGAGAUUCGCGGCCUGCUUUGCGCAGUGCCACAAUGGGUACACUUGGUACGAGGCCGAAUGCCCGACAUAUGGCUGCAGAUGACGACGAGGUCACACAUUAUCUGAACGAAAUCCUACUGAAGCCGCGACAUGAAUCCCGUAAUACUGCGUUGGAUGAAAUUCCUCCCUCCUCGCCUCCCGAUAUCUCAGCCCUGAAGUCGUUGAAUCGCACGUUCUCAAGACGUAGACUCGGCGAAGGCCAGCGGUCAUAUCGGAAUUUGAACAUCCCCGCCGACGAUGACACUCGGCUCAGCAACCGACAGGCACAAGGUGAACGAACUCACAUCAAAUCCACCCUUGAUUCAAUGUCAGGCCUACCGUCUCGCAGCCGGUAUUCUGGGUACACCGUUUCAGCGGGCGAACGCGUCGGCAAGCGCUCUCUCCCUGAACGAAUUGCCGCUGCCAAGUCACGACUCAGGCAGAAGGACAGUCGUAAAAUCAAAGCACUUGGAAAAGAGAAUGCUUGA